AUGUCCCUUUCUCGGUCACCCUCACCCCACCCGGCGGGCGGAGGGUGGUCCAGUCCAGGCCUCACGACAGGCAGUGGCAGUUCGACACCACACAGUGGCUUGUUGUCGCCGAACCCGUUAGGUCCUAGUGGGAUCUCGUGGGCCGCCGCCAAAGCGAAGAGCGACGAGGUUCGAGGUUAUCCGUCUUUUUCUACGAGGAAUAAUGGCUUCUUUUCCCGGUCGAAGCGUCGCAUCUCCGCCACCCUGCCGAUUUUCCGUGUAAACUCCAGGUCGCCGAAUGGCUAUAUUGAUAAAGACGACUUCGGACGCGGCCGACCAUUCUCACCGGGGGGAGGUUGGCGUUCCUGUGGAUUCGGCAGAACCAUGCUGCGCCGUAGACGACUACGAUUGUUGAUUGCCCUGGUUCUGGUCCUGGUUGGAUAUCUGGUCUUUUGGACAUCUUUUAUUGAGCGCUAUCGACGAUCCUCGUUUGGCGGCGGAAGCAAAUUUGUAAUCAUACUCGAAUCGAAUAUAGAGGGCGGAGUGAUGGAAUUGAAGGGAGCCCGCGAGUGGGCAGUGGAGCGCAACAGCAUCCGAAAUAAGCAGGAAUAUGCAAGACAGUGGGGAUACGAGUUGGAAGUGGUGAACAUGUUGGCCAAGAAGCGGUAUUCGCAUGAAUGGCGCGAAAGCUGGGAGAAGGUCGACAUUAUUCGGGAGACCAUGCGCAAGUAUCCCCACGCGGAAUGGUUUUGGUGGGUGGACCUCAAUACGUGGAUCGUAGAGUACUCCUACUCCCUGCAAGACCACAUUUUCAACCGCCUGGGCGAGAUUUCGUACCGGGAUAUCAAUGUCUACAAUCCGUUGAAUAUCAGCCACCCGCCGACGGAAGCGUAUCUUGAUGACGUUUCGCGCUCACCGGUGGGUGACGGAGACCCAUCAUCAAUUCAGAUGGUGCUAUCGCAAGACUGCAGUGGUUUUAGUUUGGGUUCGUUCUUCAUGCGACGCUCGGUGUGGUCGGAGCGUCUACUAGAUAUUUGGUGGGAUCCCGUCAUGUAUGAACAGAAACAUAUGGAGUGGGAGCACAAGGAACAGGACGCCCUGGAAUACUUGUAUACGAAUGAGCCGUGGAUCCGCAGCCAUGUUGGGUUCCUGCCUCAGCGGUAUAUGAACUCGUAUCCACCUGGCGCCUGCGGGGACGGGGGCGAUCCAGAUAUCCACUUCGUUGAAGGCGCAGGUGACUUUAUGGUGAAUUUGGCCGGCUGUGGGUUUGGUCGCGACUGCUGGUCAGAGAUUUGGGAGUAUCGCCGUAUCGGCGAGGCGAUCAACCGGCCAUGGCGGGAGCGCGUAGAAGACAAGGCGACAGAACUCUACGAGAAGUUCUUUGGGCGGCAAGAUGAUACGCCGCAAUCAUAA